GGCCGGAGCCGCUGAAGAGUUGCGAGUCGGCGAAAGCGGCGGGAAGUUCGUAUUGAGCGGAAGGCGACGGGUCUGCAGCUAGGGAAAUCCUCUGAAAAGGAACAAGGAGAUUUGAGACACAUCGAUUUCAUAUUCUCUGAAACUCGGAGACUUGUUUUACACUGAACCAGAAAAUAGGAGGGGCUGCCAAGUGCAGUGAAGUGAAAAUGCCUCGUGUAAAAGCAGCUCAAGCUGGAAGACUGGGCCCUGCAAAGAGACGUCUUGCAGAACAUUUUGCAGCUGGGGAGAUAAUCACUGACAUGAACAGAAAGGAAUGGAAACUGGGAUCACCCAUUGGCCAAGGCGGCUUUGGUUGUAUAUAUCUUGCUGAUGUGAAUUCUUCAAAAUCGGUGGGCAGCGAUGCACCCUGUGUUGUAAAAGUGGAACCCAGUGACAAUGGACCUCUUUUUACUGAAUUAAAGUUCUACCAGCGAGCUGCCAAACCAGAACAAAUUCAGAAAUGGAUUCGUACCCAUAACCUGAAGUACUUGGGUGUCCCUAAGUAUUGGGGGUCUGGUCUACAUGACAAAAAUGGAAAAAGUUACAGGUUUAUGAUAAUGGAUCGCUUUGGGAGUGACCUUCAGAAAAUAUAUGAAGCAAAUGCCAAAAGGUUUUCUCGGAAAACUGUCUUGCAGCUAAGCUUAAGAAUUCUGGAUAUUCUGGAAUAUAUUCAUGAGCAUGAGUACGUACACGGAGAUAUCAAGGCCUCAAAUCUUCUUCUCAGCUACAAGAAUCCUGACCAGGUGUACUUGGUAGAUUACGGCCUUGCUUAUCGGUACUGCCCAGAAGGAAUUCAUAAAGAAUACAAAGAAGACCCCAAAAAAUGUCACGAUGGCACGAUUGAAUUCACCAGCAUUGAUGCGCACAACGGUGUGGCCCCAUCAAGACGUGGUGACUUGGAAAUCCUUGGUUAUUGCAUGAUCCAGUGGCUUAGUGGCCAUCUUCCUUGGGAGGAUAACUUGAAAGAUCCCAACUAUGUUAGAGAUUCCAAAAUUAGAUACAGAGAAAAUAUCGCAGGUUUGAUGGACAAAUGUUUUCCUGAGAAGAACAAGCCAGAUGAAAUUGCUAAGUACAUGGAAACAGUGAAGUUACUGGAUUAUGCCGAAAAACCUCUUUAUCAAAAGUUACGAGAUAUUCUUUUGCAAGGACUGAAAGCUAUAGGAAGUAAGGAGGACAGCAAGCUGGACCUCAGUGUCGUGGAGAACGGAAGUUUGAAAGCAAAGACAAUAACAAAGGUUCGAGAACCAGGAAGAGAGUCCAGAAGUAAAUCAAAUACUGUGAACCAGUUUUUCUUUUCUUCCUUUUAUUUGACUCUUUCCUCCUUUCAUUUCACUUUUUCCUCUUUUUCUGUAUUAAGUGUUUUAUUUUCAUGUGAGUCUUGUGGAGUGGGAGAAACAAUGGAGUACCUAUGUCUUUGAAAAGCAGACUCUUUUUUAUUAAAUACUUUGUAGAAUUUACUAAAGCCUAAUUUAUAAAAUUUCACAGUAUUAAGGUUAUACCCUUUAAGCUGUCCCAUGCUGUGUGUGUUUGAGGUUCUGGGGUACAUAUAAGAAAUAUUACUAUGACAUGCACUUUUCUAAUCGUUGUAUAUUUCCUAGGGUGUAUAAAAUGUUUGGCAAAAUCCUUACUUUUAAGGAAAUACACAACUUAAAAUAAAGGUCUCUUUUUGCUUGAUACAAAUACACAAUUUGUUGUGGGCAUAAGAUUUGUUUUGUAUUGAUUUUGCUCAGUUCCACGAGCAUUUAUUAAGCACCGGCUCUAGGAAAUGAGAGGUACAAAGAAGAGAAAAGAUUAUGAAAGAAAAAAUGGAGUAGUAAGUAUAUCUGUGAGAGAUGAAAUACAUGUAUUUGAAAGAUUACAUGAGAAUUAUGUAAGUAUGCAAGCUUUAUGAUAAGAAAACAGGCAAUUAUCAAGUGGUGGCCAGAUCACAGAUUUUUUUAGACUGGCUUCCUUUAAGGAAAUACUGUCAAAUAUAUAUAUAUAUUUGGCUUAUGGUUCAUUCACAGGAGGUUAUUUCUCUUCCAAGUUUUUUUUUUGUUUUGUAUGGUAUAAUAUUUGUACAGUAAACCAAGCACUUUAGAGUUUUAGUGAUUAGAAAUUUUAAAAUAUAGACUGUAUAGUUGCCUUGGGAACAAAAGCUUGGAAUUUCAACAUGAACAAUUUCAAGAUUUACUUUGUUAGAGAAAUUGGGAUUGGAUUGGAUUUUCUAGGGGUGGUACACCUUACCACUUGUAGCCUGUACAAUGUUUUUAGAUGGUGUAUAGGUACACUUAUUUAAAUAUGUAAGCAUUUAUUUAAUAUGUAUUUAGAAUAUAAAUAGCACAUUAAACUGGUGAUUUCUCUAUUGCUUAGGACAAGCCUAAAGUAGGUAUUUCAGUUUUUAGAAAAGCAAGUUGAUUUGAAGAAAAUAUUAAGUAAAUAAUAGUACAGGUGGAUGUAGACAUGUCAGAAACUGUCAGGGUUGUACCAAUUUUGAGCAACUCUGAACCAACACAAAGAUUUUACCUUUUGGCUCUCUGUUGUGGUAUUUAGUUGUCACACGAAGCAUUUAUCACUGCAGUGGUCGGAUACUGAAAAACGCAAAGCAGAUCUGCCGACUUUCCUUUGAAGGUUAACCUUUUAAAUGCCUCCUGAAGUUCUAGGGCUCUGUGACUUUACAGAAUAGAGAACUGGAUUUUGGGCAGAGCCUCCUCCUGUUUUCUGUAGAAUGUUGGAUUUUAGUCCUCAUCAGUGUUAUGGUCCCAAGUUUAUUUGUAACAUCUAAAUCCACUCGCAAGUUCUGUUUCAAACACAUUUACGCUUAAAAUAGGAUAAAAUGUGUGUGGUGUGUUUUUGUGUAUGUGCCUUAGCCUUUUUUAUUUUUCAGAACACAAAAACAUAGCAAAACCUGUUGGUUAAAUAUUAAGAAAACAAACAUUUCCUCACAUAUUGUUUUUAAUAAGUGCUGGCAUUUUCUCAAAUGUUGCUCUAUUGGCAGGGCUGCAGAAAUGAAAAACUAGUAGCCAUAGUAGCCAGUUUGAUUCAUCGGCUGCAUCCCCUUGUUCUGCUGUUCUGUUCCCUACCUUACGCUGGUUUUUCUUACCCCCCCUUAUUUAAAAGAAGCGGUUUAAUAACGUCCUUGUCAGUCAGAGUUAUGCUUUUCCCCUUGCCUUUUUCAGUUCCAUACUUACUGUUUUUUAUCUUGUGUUGUUUCUGUUGUCUUUCCAAUCCCUGCAUCCAGUGGGUUUGCCUUCCUUUAUCCUCCCUUCACAAUCCAGCGUCCGUAUGGACGUGCUCCUGGCCCCGUGUGUCCUGCCUUCUCUGCCAUUUUCUUAGGUCCUUAGUGAGCUGAGGGUUUCUAGUCUGUUGAGGACCCACACCUGUGCAGGCUCUUGUCCUUCAGACAACGGGACCUACAUGUGCGCUAUAUUUUCUAGACAGCAGCUGGUAAAUCUUUGAUAACCAUCUAAGCCCUGAUGUAAAAUAUCUUCUGGGUGUUCUUCAAUAGUGAUCUUUUAAGACAAAUCAAACACUAACAGGCCAGGGCAACAAAACCCCAAUUAUUUCUUUGAAUUACUAACUUAAAUGUGCAUAUCAAGAGCUAAGUUGCACAGCAAUGAAUUAGUGGUGGAAAUAUAAAUACAUUAUAUGUAUUUGUGUGUGUGUGUGUGUAUGCUUGUUUAUCCUUUAAAACUAUAUUCAUCUGGUCAUCAAAGUGUAUUAAUAGUACUUCAUCAUUGUAGAAAAUUUAGAAUACACAGAAAUGUGUCAAAAGACAAACUAGCCAUGUUACUCCCACCCACAGACAACCACUGUUAACAUUUCGACACAUUUUUUUCCAGCCUUCUAUGCAUUUUUAUCUUUAAAUAUCAUACUUUACAAAAGGUUUAUAUUCUGCUCUUUAAAGUGAACAUUAAAUACUUUCCAUGUUUUUACAACUACUUCGUAAAUAUAGUUUUUAUGUUUCUAUAAUAUUUUUUCUUAUGGAUUCGUGAUACUUUCACGACCAUUUCCCUAAUGUUGGAGGUUUAAGUUGUUUUCAGUAUUGGGAUAUUAUAAACAAUAUUCUUGAAUAAAAUUGGGCAUAAAUCUUUGCCUACAUGUACAAAUAUUUCCUUAGAUUUUCAAAAGGGAACCAUUGGGUGAAAGACUAUGAAAAUGGAAGGUUAUUGGUGCACGUUAUCAACUUACUUUGCAAAACUCAGUCAGUUAACGUUUGACCCAGAAAUCAGUGCUCAACUUACAUUUUCGUCAACCUUGAGUGCUACUGAUUUUUAUAAUUUGAUAAGGUAAAUUUUUUUAAUUGCUAGUGAACCUGAGCAAUUUUUUAUUUUUAAACUAAUCAUUCUAUUUGCUUUUUGAUGUGUGUGUUUGUACUGUUUGUAUAGUAAUGAUCUUAACCUCUGUCAUGUUUGUUGCUGACUUUUUCCAGUUUAUUUUUUGUUGACGAUUUAAUUUUUAUCGCUUUAAUCUGUUGAUCUUUUUCACUGUAAUUUCUGCUACUGUUUUAAAAUAUUUCCUAUUCUGAUAUUAGAAAUAUUUACCAGGGCUUUUUCUAGGAUUUGUGUUUUAAUGCUUCUGAAUUUUUAAUCCAUAUGAAAUUUAAUGUGGUGUAUGUAUGCCAUGAAGUAAGGAUCACAAUGGAUUUUUUUCCAAAUAGCUAACCAGUAGCUCCACUACCAUUUGUUAAAUAAAUUCUCUUCCUCACCCCCUUUCCAUCCUGGUUUGUGUUGCCUGUUUUAUUACAGAUUAAGUUCUUAUACCAGGGUCUGUUUCUGACUGUCAGUUCAAUUUCAUUGAUCUGUCUGUCUGUUCUUAUGCCAGCACCACACUGAUUUAAUUAGUGCCAUUUUACUUAUUAAUUCUUAUUUACUGCCCAAACCACAUUAACAGAAAUCAAAAUGAAAGAAAAGAUUCAUUUAUGAUCUCACCACCACCACAAAAAUCAAACGCUUGUCCUUUGGCUGUGUUAUUUUUCAGUCCUGUUUCAUGCUUACAUAAUUUUUCCUAGUUGUAAUAGUUGAAUUGGUGAAGUUUUGCGUGUGUGUGUCUUUUAAAGUUCCACAGUUUAUUCUGUAUAUACCCCUGAUUCAUUAAGCUCUCCUGGUAGAAAGAAUACAAGACACACUGAAG